AUAUUUGGGGGCAACAAUGCAUAAAGUUAGCGGUGUCUGCUAGAGUGGCAAGGUAGCGGAGGUGACAGUUCUGACAUCCGCUCACCACAAGCAAAACAUUACGUGGUCGCGGGGACACAACAAAUAUUAUACACGCUGGAAAUAAUGUAACCUCAGCCGAGACUGGUAAGAUGACACAACUUCGAAUAUGCCAAGGAUUACUGCUGACUAUAUUAGGUGUGGCCCUGGCACAGGCAGUGGAUGACCUGGAACUCUCAGUUUCUACUGAUGGCCCAGUCAGUGAGAACAAUGAUGUUGACACAGAAUCAAGUGCAACAGGUGAGAUGGAAAUUGGAACUGAGAGCAUAGAAGCUGCAGGUGAUAAUGAUGAAAUUAGUAAGGAAAAUGACGAAGAUGUUCCUGAACCUGAAUUGGAAUUGUCCCCAGAUGAGAUCAGAGCUAAUGAAUUAUACGAAGCAGCAAUGGGCAUUUUAAAUCAGACGAAACAAGAGCAAGAUGAACGCCAAGCGUACACUCUCUUACAGUCAGCAGCAGAACUGGGCCACACUGAAUCCCGACAAAAAGUUGCAUGGGCACGACUGCUUGGUAGGCAUCUUAAAUCCAACAUCACAGAAGCUGUUGAAAUUUUUGAAGACUUGGCCAGCAAAGGAAAUGCUGAUGCUCAAAUGGGUUUGGGAUUCAUGUAUGCUACAGGCAUUGGCAAGAACUCCAGUCAAGCAAAAGCUUUGGUGCAUUACACUUUUGGUGCUCUUGGGGGCAGUCAGUUGGCACAGAUGGCCUUAGCAUACAGAUACUGGUCAGGCAUCAGUGUGGCCUCCAAUUGUGAAACAGCACUUACCUAUUACAGAAAAGUUUCUCAUACAGUGGCAGAUAAAGUAUCAAUGACAGGUAACAGAGCAAUACAGCGAGUUCGCCUGGUGGAUGAAGUAGACAGUCCUGGGUCAUCAUCUGCAUUGCUUGAUGAUGAUCUUAUACAGUAUUACCAGUUUCUCGCUGAGAAAGGGGAUGUGCAAGCUCAAGUUGGACUUGGGCAGCUGUACUAUCAAGGAGGACGAGGAGUGGAACAAGAUCAUCAGCGUGCCCUCAACUACUUUGUUCAAGCUGCAGAAGCAGGCAAUGCUAAUGCUAUGGCAUUUCUUGGCAAGAUGUAUCUGGAGGGCAGUUCAGUUGUGAAACAGAGCAAUGAGACUGCUCUUAAAUACUUUAAGCGUGCUGCUGAACAGAACAAUGCAGUUGGUCAAAGUGGUUUAGGCCUAUUGUAUUUGAAUGGUCGUGGAGUAUCUCAGGACUACAAGCUGGCACUCAAGUACUUCACACUAGCUGCUGAGCAAGGAUGGGUUGAUGGACAGCUCCAGCUUGGAAACAUGUACUUCAGUGGGUUAGGUGUGCGAAGGGACUAUAAGAUGGCCAUCAAAUACUUCAACUUGGCAUCACAGUCAGGGAAUGUUUUGGCCUUUUACAACCUUGCACAGAUGCAAGCGUCAGGGACGGGUAUGGUGAGAUCGUGCCACACUAGUGUUGAGUUGUUCAAGAAUGUGGCAGAACGAGGACGUUGGGGAGAAAUGCUGAUGGAGGCUCAUGCAGCAUAUUGGGACUCUCGACAUACACAAGCUCUAGUCACUUACAUGUUGUUAGCAGAAUUAGGCUAUGAGGUAGCCCAAAGUAAUGCUGCUUUCAUUCUCGAUCGACAUGAAAUCGAACUCUUUAAACAAGGUGAAGGUUUUGCAAGAGCGCUGAUGUAUUGGGGUCGUGCUGCAUCCCAAGGUUAUGCUGUAGCUCGAGUCAAGCUUGGCGAUUAUCAUUACUAUGGUUAUGGCACUUCCGUUGAUUAUGAAACGGCAGCUGCGCACUACAGACUGGCAUCUGAACAGCAACAUAAUGCUCAAGCUAUGUUUAAUUUGGGAUAUAUGCAUGAACAGGGCUUGGGACUCAAACAGGAUAUGCACCUUGCCAAGCGCUUCUAUGACAUGGCGGCAGAAGCCAGUGCUGAUGCCCAGGUGCCAGUAACACUGGCCUUAGCCAAGCUGAAUUUACUCUUUUCCUUCAAAUAUUUUGAGAAUUUUGAAUGGCUACACUUGGAUGAGAAUAGCAUAGAGGGAAUUCUUGGCCCAGAUUGGGACAUAUACCUCAUGGCAGUCCUUUCAGUCAUCAUUGCUACUCUCAUCCUCUUCAGAAGACCCCCACCUCCCAUGGCUGUGUGAAAUUUAAGGGUUAAUCAUUUUAAUAUCUGUUAGACAGAGAAGUUAAAAGCAAAUGAAAAUAUGAAGAAGUAUAGGGUAUACAGUUUUAUGUGAUAGUUGUUUUAGGAUCAUCUUUAAUCUUUUAAUGAGGGUGAAUUUAAUUUCCGAAUUCAUAAAAGGAAGUUCAUAGGCAUACAAAUUGAAGUAUGCUGCUGCAGUAUUCCUACAAUACUUCAAGUAUGGUGAAUGUGUGAAGUGAACCUAAUAUUUAUCUUCAGUGGUUUAAAGAAAGUGAUACCACUGAAAAAAAAAAAAAGAAUUGCUGUAUUUGCCCAACCUUUACUCAUGUUUAUAUUCUGACAAGAUUAGUCCAUCAGUGUAAGAUUGUUAUUGUUGAAUAAUGUAUCUAGUGUUUCAGUAAUUUUAAUUUCUGUUGUAUUUCUGUACAUUUACAAGGUGUAUUAUGUUCCUUUUUGUUUUCACUGGUUUAUGAAAUUUAGGAGAAAAUUUUUUGGGUAUUGUAUUAUUUUGCUUUAGUAUACAGUAGACCCUCAUAUUACACAGAUUUAUUUGGCACGUUUUGGUUAUUACACUAUUGAAAAAUUGCAGCACAGUUUUAUACAACACUUCAUAAAAUUAACCUAACACAGUUCAGUUUGCAGGAGGGAAAAAAAUUUGGAGCGUCACCCAUGGGAUAUUUUCCUGGCUCAGGCCGCCACCUGGCUGUGGGGGAGACCACUGUCUCCGCGGGGCUGCACUGGGCUUCAAGGCAGCAAGGGAUCAUUUCACCUUGCUCGUUUAUGGUAAUGUGUCAGGUGAUUUCAAGUGUAAGCCCAUGGUUAUUUACCGCUCUCAGAAUCCUCGUGCUGUGAAAGGUGUAGGUAAACACACCUUGCCAGUAAUUUGGAGGUCAAACCAGUCAGCAUGGAUGACAGAGGAAAUAUUUAUUGACUGGUUUAAACAUCACUAUUCCUGAAGUCAAGUUUUACCUGCACAGCAAGAACCUUGCAUUCAAGGCUCUCUUCAUUCUUGAUAAUUCUUGUACUCAUCCAGAAGCUUUGCUGGAUGUGACCCUACAUGUAAAAGUUAUAUUUUUACUCCAAAUAAAACAUCUUUAAUACAACCACUGGAUCGGGGGGUUAAGUCAUUCAAGUGUAACUACACUAGAAAAAUGAUGAAAAAACUAGUUGCAUCAAUGGACUCUGACUCCAACCUGGCAGUACCAAGCUUCUAGAAUAAUAUAUAUAAUGUACUGUGGGGUAAAAGAAGCCAGAGAUCCAUUAUGAAAUUUAUGCACACUCCAGUACAACCUUCGACUUUAGUACCAGAACCUCAACCAUCCACUUCUGCCGACAGCCAACAACCAUCCACCUCAGCCCAGUAGGGCCACACCAUGCAUCUCCACUCUCUUCACAAUCACUGACAUAUACCAGCAACCAGAAUUUAAGGUAAAUAAUAAUAUUUCUGUAGCAUUUGUAGUCUUAAGCAACAAAAACAAAAUUAUCAUUUUUAUUUUAGUAAGAUCUGGAUGUCUAAAAAAAAGUUGUUUGGCUUUUGGGGGUCCCAGGAAUGUAGCCCUAUUUUUCCCAUAAGUUUUUCAGUUUAUAUAACAGAUUUAUCUAACACAGCAUUUUCAGGAACAUAACUACUAUUUAAUAUGAGGGUCUACUGUAUUUGUAUCUUGCUGACUCACAGGUGGAGGGCAGUUUGAAAUGUAAAUACAUAUUUACAUUCAUUUUCAAAAUACAGUACAUAUGUUGCUUGUGUUGAUACAAGAUAUGAUGCCCUCCUCUUUCAUUCUUAAAGAAACAUCUUCCAGAAGUAGCUCAAGGGAUAAAAAUUGUGUUCCAGUGUUAGAGGACAUGUAAAUACACAUCAUUAUAAAUGAAUACGUUGCUAUGAACAUCUAAGCUGCACCCCUAUUAGAGUUAGAAGCCUGGUACUUAACUUUCUUCAACAUACAACAAUUUUGUGAAGAUUUAUGCAAUAUCAGAGGAUACUUUUUUUUUUUUUAUUAUUACUGACUUCCAAGAAGUUUUUUCCAAAAGUUUGAUUUAAUUUUUAGCUCUCAUAGCAGUAUGCUAAUAACUGUACCAGUUAUUUAUUUGUAGCAUUGCAAGUUCUGGUUUCUAGCUCCAGCCAUGUUUUUAUAUUCCUGUUCAUGUGAAGACAAUUUUGUGUGCAGCUGAUCAAUUUGUAACUAGGGGAAGUCUGUGGCAAGUACAUUUAUGAGUGCCGUAAGUAGUUUGAGACAUUGUACCUCAAGCACAUGUAUCAUCAGUCAUGUUUCAUGUUUUCCUCUUUCAAUUUGCCAGGCAUAUUCUUUUAUUUUAGUGUAAUAAUUUUGCAUUUUCUUCCAGCAGCUAAGUUAUUUAAAGUAGAACAAGUUUCCUGAUAUGUAUUUCAGGUGUUUUAAAAGUUGUUAUUCUGGUUCACAAGUUGGCAAGUUUUUAACAUACAUUGAGUUAAAUCACUAAAGUACAUCAUUUUUAAACAUUAACCCUUAAACUGUCCACACGUAGAUAUAUGUUGACUUGCGGCAGGCUCCGAAUGUAGAUCUAUGUUUUUUUUUACAUACUUUCAAAUGGGGAAAACCAAGGUCGGAGCGCUACGCACGUGAACGUAGAUCUACGUUUGGACAGUUUAAGGGUUAAAAUAUGAAAUGUACCUUCCUUUGUAUUAGAUUCAACUGUUAAUACUUAGCAAAAACAUGAUUAUGUGGCACAUUUAAUGUAAAAAUUGUACUGGAGUACAGUAUUUUUCAUUGUCAUAAACUGGCAUGAGUGAAAGUGAUGUGAAGUGUGACUGUCAUGACUGAUGAAGAACAGCAUUAAAGCAGAUAUUUAAGCACUGUUUUCAAUAAAAAGUUUUAUUUUGUAUAUAAGAAAGAAUUUAAAAUGUAUAUGAACUUCAAAUUGAGACCACAUUUAAAGAAUUGCUGGUAAUUUCUCUGUGAGAGUAUAAAUAAAUGAUAGUUGGUAUA